AUCGCGUCACGUGACUGGACCUGACGCGUCCGCGGCUCGCGUCACGUGCCUGGCGUCGACGGCAGACUCCUCUGACAGGAACUGGUGUGCAGUCUCUCUGAACAGGCAGCCCAGACAGAAGACACAAGAGCAGUGUUGGGUCAUGUCAUUAAAGAUGGAAAUGGAUGCCAGUGGGGUGUCCAGGGCACCCAUCUCUGUUCUGCCUGCUGCUGAGGUCAAAGCCAGCCUGAAGCCAGAAGCCGAUAAACCCCGGUGCUCCAGCACUCCCUGCUCCCCCAUUAAAAGUACUGUCUCAGGAUACCAGAUCCUCCACAUGAACUCCAACUAUCUAGUGGGCUUCACCACCGGUGAGGAGCUUCUCAAAUUAGCCAAGAAGUGGUCUAGCCCUGACAACAGCAACACAGAGGCCUUGCCCAGCCCCAUCAAAAAGCCUGUGGAUUUAAGCCUGCACCGAGCCUCGCGGAUUUACAAAGCCAAAAGCCGCUACUACCAACCGUAUGACAUCCCAGCCAUCAACGGACGCCGGAGGCGGCGCAUGCCCAGCUCAGGCGACGGCUGCUUGAAGUCGAUGGUGAGCGGGGAGCCCAGCAAGGCCUUACACGGGCCCCUGCCCCUCUGCUUACUGAAGGGCAAGCGGGUGUACUCCAAGUCCCUGGACUACCUCAACCUGGACAAGAUGAGCCUCAGGGAGCCGGCGGACACUGAAGUGCUGCAGUACCAGCUACAGCAUCUCAAUUUGAGGGGAGAGCGCGUGUUUACCCGAAACAAGACAUGAGUUCUCAGAAACGUCCACCUGCCCACAGUUUUCCAGCUGUGAUGUAGGGCCUUGAUUUUUACCACUCUAAUUAUAGGCAGUUGACUACUAAACUAGGGUGACCAUACAUCCCAUUUUUUUGGCCCUGUUUUUCUGUUUUCAUACUUGCUGAACGUAAUGAUCGAAAAGUAGUUUGACCAAUAACAUGCAGGCAUUGUACAUAAUGGACCAAUCAUAGCGUGUGAGAAGGUGGGAUCUACGUAGAAUGGU